AGUCUGCCUCACAGAGAGAGAGAGAGAGAGCCAGUGGACAGAAUACAGCAAACCUGAGCUAAAACCAACUAUAGACUUCAGAGAACACAAGAAAUGAGAGCAACCAUCAGACUAGUACGCAAGGAAAAACGUUAGAAUUUAAGAAAUUCUACCCAUUUCUGAACAAGGAAUUCCAAACAAACUUCCAUUUAAAAACACAAAAAACGAGGAGUGCAUGUUGUGUUAGUCAAAGGCAACAAAAAGAAGAGGACUACUGGAGUCACACCACUGGACUAGGAUGAGCAUGAAUAGCACACUGGAGAAGGGGGCUCAUCACCAGGUCCUGGACCUCUCUGAAGAGCUCCCAACCAACAGCCAUCACCACCACCACCAUCACAAUCACAGCGGUCUCCAGCACACUAACUCCUUGGCCUCCACCGUGCCAGCCGGGACCCCAGUGGGUGGGUCUGGAGUGGUUGUGCCUCCGCCUUACUCCGCUGCGGAGGCUGGGAGAGGUGAAGCACCGCUGGAGCUCCGGGGCUCUCUGGACUGCUGGGCAUGCUCAGUGCUGGUGACGGCGCAGAACCUGCUGAUCGCAGCCAUCAAUGCCUGCCUGGCCGGGUUGGUUUUCGGGCUCAUCCUAACUCCUGCUAUUGUCAUGGUGGUGUUCGGCUUCAUCUGCCAUUCAACAGUGCGACCGCACGGUUCAUCACCAUACUGUUCGGAUCUACUGACUGACGGCGGCUGUGUGGCUUUGCUGGUUGUGGGUUUCUUGCUAGUGACUCCGCUCCUGGUUCUGGCCCUGGCUGCGUACUGCCGGCUUGCUCGUCACCUUCAGCUGGGUCUGUGUUUUAUUCCAUACAGCCGUGCCGUCUACAAGAACCUUCCAGCUACCCAGCACCGUGGCUUGAGAGGGGGCUGCUGUGGACAGCGAUCUGGAAAAGGAGAAGGGAAGGGGAAGGUGUGGGUGUAAAGGGAAACCACUACACUUUUGUUGUACUGGAGAUAUGGAAUGUUUUG